GCGCUUACUCCUUGUGUUAUCGAUUCACGGGAUGUACGCACUCAGCCAUCGCUAAUAAAGUAUAAUAAUAAUUAAGAAAAUUUAUGCGCUGAUUCUAGCUGCCGGUGAAAUGGAUACGUACUCGGUGGACGUGGUGUACCAAGCAAUAAGCGCCCUCUUUCAGGGGAACAACCCCAAAGAGCAGGAGAAGGCGAACAAAUGGCUGCAGGACUUCCAGAAGUCGAUCUACUCGUGGACGAUUGCGGACGAGCUGCUGCACCAGAAGCGAGAUCUGCACGCCAACUACUUUGCAGCGCAGACGAUGCGCAACAAGAUCCAGAACUCCUUCAGCGAACCCCCCCACACGCACGAAUCCCUGCGGGAUUCCCUUAUCACACACAUCGGUCAGAUCGACGAACAGACUGACAAUGUGAUCGUGACGCAGCUCAGCUUGGCGGUGGCUGACCUGGCCCUGCUGAUGGCCAGCUGGCAGGAGCCGAUCAACGAUCUCCUGGUGACUCUAGCCCCACAUCCCUCCGCCACUUGGCCUUUGCUGGAGGUGCUGAAGGUUCUGCCUGAGGAAAUAGACUCGCGGUACCUGCGGCUGGGUGCCAACCGGCGGGAGGAGGUGCACAAGCAGCUGGACGCCAGCGCCGAGUGCGUCCUAAAGUUCCUGUGCAUGUGCCUACAGCGGGAGGAUCUUGACCAGCAGCGCGUUUGGAAUGCCGCGCUGCGCACCUACAGCGCCUGGCUGGUGAUCCACGCCUUUCCCGUCUCGCAUGUGUACAACAACGCCCUCACCCAGCUGGCCUUCCGUUUGCUCUCGCAGCCGGAGACCGCUGGCAAACUGCACGACAACGCCACCGAAUGCGUGUGCGCCUUGCUCUCCUGCAUGAACACCAGCCGCAAUGGCGCCAACGAAUCGGAGUCCUCCGUCGAGGCACAGAUCUUUGGGGCCGUGUGCAUGCUGGAGACGCCUUACCACUUGAGUGUGGCCCACGAGGACACCGACAAGACCAUCAAUUACUGUCGGAUAUUCACGUCGCUGUGUGAUGCCUUCUUCUACGAUCUACUGGCCGAUCCCCAGAAGCCACACUACUGCCUGAAGGGACUGGACCUCGUGCUGCUGUGCGUCGGCCACUUUGACUACGAGGUGGCCGAGAUCACCUUCCACCUGUGGUACAAGCUCAGCGAGGAUCUCUUCCAGCGCAACGACGACAAGCUGACGGCACUAUUCCGGCCGCACAUUGAGCGGCUGAUUAGUGCCCUGUUCCGCCACUCGCAGAUGGAGAGCGACCACGAUGGUCUUAUCGAGGAGAACAACAAUUUCUAUGACUUUCGACGCAAGGUAUCAGAUCUGAUAAAAGACGUGGCCUUUAUUGUGGGGUCUGGAGCCUGCUUCAAGCAAAUGUUCCACAUCCUGCAAACACCAGAAACUACGUGGGAAUCCACGGAGGCGGCCCUGUUUAUAAUGCAAAAUGUGGCCAAGAACAUCCUGCCAGAUGAAAACGAGGUAAUACCCAAGGUGGUGGAGGCCAUCCUGAACAUGUCGGAGCAAACGCACAUAGCAGUUCGCUACACGGCAAUCCUGCUGAUCGGCGAGCUGUGCGACUGGAUUGAAAACCAUCCGGAGUCCUUGGAGGCGGUGCUCAACUUUCUGCUCUACGCUCUGCAGCAGAAGAACGGCUUGGCCCCAGCUGCGGCCAUGGCAUUGACUUCGAUCUGCUCCGCCUGCCGUCAGAAGAUGGUGUGCCACAUCAGCGGUCUGGUGGAGAUCGCCCGCAGCCUGGACAGCUUUCAGAUCAACAACGAUGUGGCCAUCGGAUUGCUCAAGGGCAUUUCCCUGAUUCUGACCCGCCUGCCGCGAGAGCAACUGCAGCCCGCUCUGCGGGAGAUCGUUGGCUUCCAGCUGCAGCCACUGGCUCAACUGGUGGAGAGCAGUGCGGCUGGCGUCCAGAAAGGAGAGCGCAGCGAUCCCGUUUACUGGAUAGACAGAGCCUGUGCCAUCAUCCGGCACACGAAUCCCGACGUGCCCGACACCGUGGAGCAUCCCACGGUGGCCAUUCUGAACGACGCCUGGCAGCUGAUAUCGCGCGUGAUGGACAAGUACCAGAGCGACCUGCGCAUCAUGGAGCGCACCUGCCGGCUGAUCCGCUACGGCAUCCGGAUGGUGCGGAAGCAGGCGGUGCUGCUGGUGGAGCCGCUGAUCAAGCAAAUGGUCUUGCUGUAUGCGGUGCAGCACCACAGUUGCUUCCUCUACGUGGGCUCCAUUCUGGUGGACGAGUUUGCCAAGUCGAACGAGUGCAUUGGCGGACUGCUGGAGAUGCUGCAGGCCUUUAUCGAACCCACCUUCGGUCUGCUGCAAAUGGAGAAUGGCCUUAAAAACAACCCCGACACCGUGGACGACUUCUUCCGACUGGCCUCCCGCUACUUGGACUGCUGUCCGCAGCAGCUGCUCCAGAGCAGCCUCAUCACACCGAUCUUCCAGUGCGCCCUGAUCGCCUGCUCGCUGGAUCACCGCGAGGCGAACUCCUCGGUGAUGAAGUUCUUCAUCAACCUGUUGGUUUGGGGCAGGACGAACAGCCACAGCCGGAAUGCCGAGUGCCGUCCCUUGGUGGUGGAACUGGCCAACCAGCACGGUGGAGCCUUAGUGAUGAACCUGAUUCAGGCGUCGGUCUUCCAGCUGCACUCCUACAUGCUGGUGGACGUGGCCGAGGUCAUCCACGAACUGAAGCAGGUGGUGGGCAACGAACGGAUGCAGCCGUUUCUGGCACAGGCGCUGGAGGCGCUGCCCAAGAAGAACAGCGGUGGCUACGUGACGGCUACGCAGCAGCAGCUGGAUGAAUUUAGCAGUACGGUGCUCAGGGCGGACACGACGAAAGCAAUUUCGCAAGCUUUGAAAACCUUCACGCGACUCUUCCGCUGAACAGAUGGAAGCUGGGACUGUAUUUGGUUGAUUCUGUACAUUUUGAAUGAUGUAUGUCAUGUUUCAAGGGCGCUAACAAUUUGUUUAAAACGCACGUACCCCUCUAUUUAUAAUAUAGUUGAAUCGAUUGUGUGACGUCAUAAGUUAUAAAUAAUUCGCAUUGUACAUUUUGAGUGCGGUCAUAAGAUCCUCACAGCAAAUAGGAAUAAGUUAAUCAUAAAGUAGUGCACUCGUAAAUCUAAGUUUAAACCCCAAAAUGACUCAGAAAAAAGCAUACGCAAAAAACAAACCAUUAAAUAUACAUAUACCAUUUAGUGUUUAAUGACUAAAUCUGACAGACAAA